CUCCAUUACAUCAUUACUUUUAUUAAAGAGAGGAGGCUCUGCCGAGAAAAUAUGCCACCCACAAACCUAUUAUCUUUCCUCUCUAGCUCACUCUAAGAAUAGAACCUCUCGAUUACUGUGAAAGCAACCCGGAAAAACAGGGGAGAGUUGGAGGGAUGGGAGGAAAGGUUAGCAAGAAAAGGAGGUAUUUUUGUGAUAGAGAAUUUAGGUGUUUGAAAGAGAGAGUGAAGAUUCUUCAGGAGGAGAUGAAGCAGAUGGUGUACGAGAGGGAGAAAGAGAGUAUGAGCUAUGAGAGGGACAUGAUGUUGUUCAGUUUUAAAGAGGCAGAUUGGAAGCAAGAGAGGAAGAGGCUGAGAGAGGAAGUGAGGAACCUCAGGAAGGUUCUGCAAGAGAAGGAAGAUCAGAUUAGAGAAAUCAAAGAGCUUGGAAAAGACAAUGAUAUCAGCGACAGUAAUCAUAAAGAGUUGGAAUUGAUAGGGACUAAGCUUCUGGUUCAGAAAAUGAAGGAAGAGAGAGUUUGGAGAGAUGAGGCUGUGGAGAAGUGGAAGCAACUCUAUCUUGCAAUCAAGACUGAGCUUGAUGACCUCAUUCAGAGAACUUAUGGUGGGGAUGGCUUGUUGCGGAAAGCAGAGGAAGAUGAGAUCCAGAUGGAAAAUCUGAAGAGGGAAUUGCAAGAAAGGGAUGAAACUAUCCAAGCCUUGAAAGCUCAUUUAGCUUCAAUGGAGCGCAAGAAGAACAGAACAGAGACAGAGUUUGACAUGUUGAGGCAAAGCUUAAAGAUCAUGAAUGGAAGCAGUAUGAUUUCUAUUCCAGUGAAAGAGAGGCUCUUUAAAACCAAAUGUGGAAGAUGAAAUAUUGCAGUCUCUUAAUAUGCAGGACUGAAUAACUGCAGUCUCUUCAUAGUACUGGGUUAGAUUGUAUCUUAGAGCCACUAGCUUUUAUUUUUCAGUUCUCUCAGAAAAUAAGAGUAAGAAGAUGGUUUUACUGAAGAAAAGGUUCCUUCUUGAGCCAACAGGGGAAAUCCAAUGAGGCAGGUGAACAAUUUUGUUCAUAAGCACUGUUAAAUUUGAAAGAAGGUGAUUUAAUUUGUCCACUUCUUUA